CAGGCUUUCUCGGUACAGUGUUUUUCUACCCUCUUUAAACCUUCAGGUUCUAAAUAUCAGGAAAGACGGGAAAUGCCGUGUGAAAAUAGCAGGCCAAAAGUUCUUAGUAAACUGCAGCCAGGGAGACUCAGACUAGAAUGGAGGUAGAAGGAGUUGGUACAGAGUGGGUUUGAUUCUAAGCCCUUUGGGAGCUGAGUUUUUGUGGGUGUUUUGUUGUUAACUUACUGAAUUUAGAGAUGUAUUACAUUGGUCACGUAAAGACCAGAGCAGCGCCAGCGUCAGAAUAGUGACAAUUUUGAAUGCCAUAGUCUCUAUGUACUCAGAGUAUUUUUAUUAAAGAAGAUAAAGAGCCCAGCAUAGAUUUUAUCAUCAUCUUCACCAAACUGCAAAGUCAAAAGUUAAGCAACAGCAUCUAAGGGCACUUUUUAGGUGGGAAAGAACCUAGAGGAUGGCUCUGAAUGACUGUUUGCUUCUAAACUUGGACGUGGACCAUUUCGUACACUGCAACAUCUCUAAUCACAGUGUGGAUCUCCCCACGAACGACGACUGGUUCCACCCGGGGGUCCUGUAUGUCAUCCCUGCAAUUUAUGGGGUCAUCAUUCUGAUAGGCCUCGUUGGCAACAUCACCCUGAUCAAGAUCUUCUGUACCGUGAAGUCCAUGCGAAAUGUACCGAACCUAUUCAUCUCCAGCCUGGCUGUGGGAGACCUGCUGCUCCUGGUAACCUGUGCGCCUGUAGAUGCCAGCAGGUACCUGGCCGACAGAUGGCUGUUUGGCAGGAUUGGCUGCAAACUGAUCCCUUUUAUCCAGCUUACCUCGGUAGGGGUGUCUGUCUUCACACUCACAGCUCUCUCAGCAGACAGGUACAAAGCCAUCGUCCGGCCAAUGGAUAUCCAGGCCUCUCACGCCCUGAUGAAGAUCUGCCUCAAAGCCGCACUGAUCUGGAUCAUCUCCAUGUUUCUGGCCAUCCCAGAGGCUGUAUUUUCUGACCUACAUCCCUUCCACGAGGAAAGCACCAACCAGACCUUCAUUAGCUGUGCCCCGUACCCACACUCUAAUGAGCUGCACCCCAGAAUCCACUCCAUGGCUUCCUUCCUGGUCUUCUACAUCAUCCCGCUGUCGAUCAUCUCUGUUUACUACUACUUCAUUGCCAAAAAUUUGAUCCAGAGUGCUUACAAUCUACCCGUGGAAGGGAAUAUACACGUCAAGAAGCAGAUCGAAUCCCGGAAGCGCCUGGCCAAGACAGUGCUGGUGUUUGUGGGUCUCUUUGCCUUCUGCUGGCUCCCCAACCAUGUCAUCUACCUGUACCGCUCCUACCACUACUCCGAGGUGGACACCUCCGUGCUCCACUUCGUCAGCAGCAUCUGCGCCCGCCUCCUGGCCUUCACCAACUCCUGCGUGAACCCCUUUGCCCUCUACCUGCUGAGCAAGAGUUUCAGGAAACAGUUCAACACCCAGCUCCUCUGUUGCCGGCCCAGCCUGAUGACCCGGUCUCACAGUUCCGGCAGAAGCACCACCUGCAUGACCUCCUUCAAGAGCACCACACCCUCCGCGGCCGCCUUCAGCCUCAUCAACGGAAACAUCUGUCACGAGGGGUACGUCUAGACUGACCCUUGACCCUGCCCCCUAGGGACUCCUGGCUUUGCCUUAUGGCUGGUAAGGAACCCUCGCCUCUGUUGUUGUCUCUGUACCCUACAAAGACCCUUUGGCAGGCUCAUGAGCGAUGUGGGCGGGUUGGGGGGAGGCCCAAAUGGGUCACCAUUAUGUUGGAAAGGCCCAUCAAGGCGUGUGUUUUCCAUUUCAACUUGUGAAUGCUGCUUCUGACGCAGAGCAAACUUUCCCUUUUUUAGAAAAGGGAACAAAUAGGAAAUCAUUAUUUUAAGCAUUAAACCCUGACAUACAGAUGUGCUCAACUAAGUCAUAGAAACUAUAUGAACAACCAGAUUUAUAUAGCAGAGAAAUUGUACACUGAAUGUCCACUUUGUGAAAGACUUCACCUUGUCAUUUCUUUAAGCACAAGUCAGUGCUUUAAGAAUACGAUUUGAGUCGUUUUUCAGGAAUACUUAUAAUCACAAACCAAGGAACUUUUUUUUACACUUGUAAUAUGGAAAGUCAACCCUAGGCGAGUCCCAUGUAUAAGGGACAGUCCCCAAACUGAUAACACUGGAAGCCAAUUUAAAACAAAUCCCUGAGUGUCGAUUGUUUUUAAAAGACAUUGCUGAGGACAUAGGAGAAACACUCACCACAUCAUUUUAAGGCAAAAACACAACCAAACACACUGACACAUAUAUUGAGGUCCAGGUGUAGCUGGGGAGUGAUAGCUCACACUCUGAAUUCUAACUCAAUGCAGGUCCUUUUUGCUGUUGCCCAAUUGCAAUCAUCCAUGGUGUGGUUCCACCAUAUCAGAGAAAUCCUUCGCGGGGAAAAUUGAUCAUAUUAUCCAUUCAUCAAACAUGUAUAGAAGUGCAUAAAGUAUAGUAUUUAUUUUAGGCAUAUAGGUUUUCAGACAAAUGUAUUUACUUCUAUUUGGCUGUCCUUGUCUGCUACAGUGAAGAAGUAGUUUCACAUGAGAAGAAAGGGAUCAUAUUUGAGUGGAAAUAGCAACAUGUUUACAUUUAAUAUCUGCUUUACCUAAAGUCUGUGGCAGGAAAUGAAUUCGAUGUCAGUAAUAUGUGUUUCUGUCUCAGUAUGUGUAAGAAAGUUGCAGGGGGAGGUCUCAGCUUUAAGAACUGAUUGAAAGACAGCUACAGAUACAUUAAGUUUCUACUUAUGAAGAGUAUUUAUGAAACAGCCCAUGUGCAGAAAAAUACUGGACUUAAAUCCUUUUUGUUUUCUAAGUGAGUAAAAGGAUUUGACUCUCUUUCUUUAGAUACCCUGAAUCAAGUUUUUCUUGACUCAAGGACAGGCCAACUCUGACAGGUUGCAAAUGUGUUACCCCACUUUCAGAUAAAUCCAAAUUCUGCAAAUGUGCCCUCAUGUGUAGCCCUUACACACUAAGACAGUUUUAGUUCCGGUUUUCUCUAUCCGGGUGAGAUAGAACAGUCAGCUCUCUUUUCCACAUGAGAUUUUUAUAAGAUUUUUGUGUCUUGAUACAAGGAAGUGCUCACUGUCUACAGAGCUUUAGCAGUUGGGACCAAGACUGUUGUAAAGAUCUGUAUUUAUAAUUGUAUUAGCUGGAGUGAACCUCUGCACUUCUGUUUGCUACAUGCAGUUACAUACUGUACACACCUGCUUUCCUGGUGCUCCAUAAUUACAUGGGACAGUUUGAAAAGCAGACAGGUAGUAUAGCUGAAAGAACCAAGAUUUUUAGCUUGACAUCCCAACUGUGUCAUAUAUGUGUGUGUAUAUAUAUAUAUAUAUAUAUAUAUAUAUGGCUAGCAUUUUUUUAAAUCUCUAGAAUGAGAGGACAGUCCCUUCUAUUGCUGAGAUCCUCUGAGCCCCAUCAUUGUUUCGAUUUCUGUCUCUUAAGCAUUUAUGUAGCCACCUGCUCACAGUUGUCCCACUUCUGCCACCUUUGCAGCAACUCCUCUUGAGAAAUCCUUCAACCACCAUUCUACACUCAUGUUCCCAAUAGUGGAAUGGAAGGAGACAGACAAUUCCAUUGCUUCAAAUAAUUUGUAUGAAUGACAUCCCGUUAGCUUGUUAUGUUUUGUAAUUAGAGCUGAAAGAGAUAGAAGAAAACACCUUGCUCAAUCUCCUCCUUGUACAAAGAGUACCUUUCCUAUUCACACUUCUUCAACCUCCACGCACCUGUUAUCUUGAACUGCUGCACCACAGUUUUACCCUUGGCUUUCUUCAAAACUCUUGAGUAUAAGUGACUCCAUACCUAGCUAGUUGCUAAAGUGCAUAGCAUUCUGGGUUCCUAGCAUGACUUGUUCGAGCAUCUCUGAUCUCCCUGCUUCCGAAGACAUUUUGGGAGUAGGACUUAUCUUAAUGCCUCCUUCAUUUAACAUCAUGGCAUAGACUGUGUCUGGCCUCCUUUCUAGCUUCUAGAUAAACAGGAGAUCGAUGUCUGGGUCUAGCUGUGUGUCCUUAGGCAAAUCUUAUCAUCUCUUUGAGACUCUUCAGUGAAAAGGUUGGAGGAGGCCUUUGCCAGCCAGUGACCUAGAGGACUGAUCAAAUUAUUUUGUGAAUCAACUGAUGGAUUGACUCCAACUUUCUCACUGGGGUGAACUCAGCCGGGCCCUUCUCUAGGGAAGUCAAAUUUUUAUUUCACCUCCGGAACCUAAAAUCACGGUGAGGGAGACCCAAGCCCCCACGUGGUAUCACCUCUCUGUUAGGGCUGAGUGUGGCAGUGGCUGGAGCUAAGACAUUUCACUCCUCGCCUCCAAAGAUAAUCAUGUUUAGAGCUAAUGUCUUUGGUGAGGGAAAAAAAAAAUCAAUUUUGGCUGUGGAAAACCAUCUGUGUUUAUUCAGUUUAUUCAGACACUACCUUUCAAUCUAUCUUAAAUUGAGCCUCCCUGAGGCAGGCAGCUCAACAGUGACAGAUUAAGCAAUAAACAAAGCAGUCUUCCCACCAACGGCUGCUGCUCGGAGGGAUUUUCCACAGCAAGAGAUCCUGGCCCCGCCAUGUUGUUGAUGUGAUGAUUCCCCAUAAGUGCAGAUGGCUGAACCCUGUUCUUCUGGCUGCCCUCACUCCCCCACUGAACCUGGCCUUCCGCCUCAUUAAUAAGCCCUGGAUUUCCCUGCUUUGCCCCACAAACAACUUGGGUUCAUCUUGAAGGAUGGAGAGCCCUUAGAUAAAACAGUUUAGAGGCUACUUCACACAGACCAAGUUCAGCUUGUUAUGAAAAUAUACGUUAAAUAGAAAUAAAUAAACUUGUCCACAAGACAUGGGCACACUUAAGUUAUAAAGUCUUCACUUGUGCCCAAGUAGCCGUUGGUUACUGGUUUCGGAGUCUACUCACGUGCCAAGUAGCUUCUGGUAAUAGUGAUUAGCUUUGUUUGGGGACUACAAGUUGAAUGACACCCUCAAUCUGUGGACUGCAAGGUGGCUAAGUCACUUUUCCCGGGAGCCAGAUAGAAACGAUGGCCCCGGGAACCUGACUGUAUGAGAGUGGAAUAAUUGUACAUACGGUGUUGUGAUGAGACGGGGAGGUGCAAACUUUCUUGCCAUUUGUGCCCUUCACACCCACACCAGGAAGGAGCUCCCAUUAAAGAGUAGCUUAGAAUUAACCCUGGGUUGCUGAGAGGAAUGGAGCACAUUUGAAACAUUUGUCUAAUAUUUGGCUGAAUUUUCAUAAAAUGGAUUAACAGCUGAAAACAAAGGAAUUAGUCACUCUCCUGGGACCAGGCUUUGUGUGAGCUAGUCAAUGAAACCGACCCCUAACAAGCUCUACUUCAUUCUGUAUCUGGAUCGUCACUUCUCUCAGCCCCAACCUCGACAACUCCGCCCCCCGCCCCCGACACACAUACACGCCCAACACAAACACAAACACUGUAAUAUCAAGCAAUCUCUUACCAUGAUAUAUGGCCUUCAAAGACACCCUUUUUUAGGAGCAAUCAACAAACCGCACACUGAGAACAAGUUUUUCUCACGUGAAAGUUCACAUUAGAAAUGCAUUUGGUGGAAUUUAUCUAAAUUUUUAAAAAGUUGAAGAGCCCCUCGGUUAAAAUAUUACAUAGUCACAAUUAAUUCAAAAUAUACUUUGCAUUGACCUAGUGUUCAUGGUCUACAUUGCCUCAUCUAAUCUAAGCCUUCGCUGCUGACCAGAGAGCUGCUUUACAUCCUUUACUGUGGAAAUUUGUAAAUGACAUUGACUAGUGACCAUUCACUAUUAGAUUAAAAGGCCCAGGGAACUAUGAGGCCGAAGCAUGAAAGUGUGGGUAUGGGACCAGAUUGACGUUAAAAAAGAUGAUUUCAUAUGGUUCAGCGUAACCUGAUCUCAUUCAUUCUCAUGGUCCAUUCUGUGCUAUUGAAGAACAGUGCUGAUCGCCACCACCCCAGUUUACAGGAUAGUCUGUUGCCCCUGCAAGUGACUCUGUUUAACUUGGCACGAGGGAGUGAAUGGAGUUGUCGAUGGUUGCCUCAGGAGAGGCAUACUAUUGGGAAUGGCAUUCCGCGUCUGAAUGGAGUCCUGUGGCUCUAGAAGUGCUGGAAGGAAGGGGCUCAACUUCCCCAAGCCCCGAGGACGUGCCACAUGCAGUGCUGAGCACGUUGCUGUUCAUCCUAACCAGCACCUUGGAGAGCAUUCAGAAGAUGAAGCCAAGGCUCAGGGAGAUCGCUCCACGAUGCCAAGGCCACACGGCACAGCUGAAUGACAGAGCAUUAACCUGGGCCUGCAUCUCUCUUACGUCCUCGUCCAGUCCACCGCUCAGCGUUGCUUCCCAAAUCCAGCCCACGUGAGAAAAUCAGUCCAUGGAACAUAAUAGACCGUCCUGUUCCCUACUCUAGAUUUUGUCCCAAGGCCUGAACUAGUGAUAAAGUCAAAGAAUAUGCACAAAGGGCAUCGAAGAUGUUUCUAAGCAUAUAAGUUAAGGACUCACUGCAGGCAGAGGCUGAAAUGCAGCACAAAGUAGGUGGGCAAGGAGGUCCCUUAGUUCAGUUAGCCCCAGAGACACAAUUCAGUUGCAAUCGAAGGCCCUGGGAAGAAUUUCCCACCUGGUUAUGUGAGUAACUGAGGAGAAAAAAGCCUUGGUGAAGUGCCGUGUUCAGAGAGAGGAGCCCAGCGAGAGGAAUCAGUCCAGGCGCCCUCCUUCAAAUCAGGAUUAGCUGGCGAAGAGGUGUCAGGAAGAGGUGGAACCACCCACUUCCCCUCAAAAGAGUAAGAUGUGACAGUGGAUAGUUUCCUGGAGUCUGGAGACGCAGGCUACGUGAAUAGCCUUGAAUAGAAAACGAUCUCCUGGACUAAGGGGCCAAGUCAUGGGCUCAGGUAUGGACCUAUAGCUAUCUGAGUGCCCAGCCCUAAGUGCCCUGUUACAAUCCCAGACAUCACUGUCUCUCUGCUCUCUCUGAGCUCACGUUCUAGAAAAUAAGAUUAUUUUCCUUUUUUUACCCAAAUUUAAAUUUCAUUCCCAGAGCUAUAUAAUGCCAUGGAAGGACUCACGUAAUUUUAUGGUCUUUUAAAAGGAUCAUUUUAAUGGAUAGUAAAACCUCACACACUGAACACCUCAUUAAUUCCCAGACAAGCUUGAAAACUUUGGUAUAAUCCAGGAGUUCAGUGUUCAAAGUACAUUAUAUAAUUUGGGCCUGUUGUGAAUCUAAAUUUUUCAUCACUUUGCUUCAAUUUUAGCUACUGAUAUUGAUAUAUCAAUAUUGACCAUGUAUAACAUUAAGAAAGUUAAACUGAUUUUCUUUAAAAAUGUUUUUUCCUUUAAUUUGGGCUUAACUGAUUCAAACAUGACCUUUUUGCAUCCGAGUCAGCAGGGUUUUGGGUAAUAAAGUUUGUUGAAAUGGUCAAUUUAGUGAGUUGUAAAAAUAACUGGCACAAACUUCUUUAAUGUCAUUUUCCAUUUUGUUUUAAAUAUUAUACUCAUAUUUUGUAAAUUAUAAUUGUACUUGUUACUAUUAACUGUAAAUAUUUAUUACAUUACAAAUGUGCUCUGUAUUAAAUAACUCGGAACAAGUUCCAGGUGUGGUACUUAGUAUAAAUAAUGUCAUGGCUUGGAUUUGCCCAGACUCCUUAGAGUAAUGAAUUAUUUAUAAGAAAUUCACAAUAAUAAUGUGGAUGAUUCAGAUCCUUUUAAAUGUACAAACUUAACUGUGUGACCAUGUAAAAUUUUGUCUGUGAAUCGUGCUCAUUGAUUGUACUCUUAUUUUUCAAGAAAUGUUCCCAGUGCUAUCACAUUGUACCUGGUCUGUAUGACAUUAAGUCAAAUCCAGCAUAGUAAGCUGAAUAUUCAAGUCACAGAAGAUAAGAAAUGUGUUUUAUUUCUUAAUAUAAUAAAGCAUAAUUUAUGAAAUGGACAGAUGCAUGUAUGCAAUGUUCAAUAAAAAUAUAGCUGUUGCAUGAA